AAUAAUGAUAUUUGAGAUGUCUGUGUAAAGCCGAAUCGGGUAUCGAAGAAGGCAAGCAUGGCUUCCUCUUCUUGGUCUUCUUCCUCCUCCGGGAUUUCGCAAGAUGAAAAUUCUAGGAAAGAAGUUCUCAAAGAGAUAAGGAAUCACGAGAUUGCGAUCGGGGAGCUAGACAGUCUCUCGGCCUCCCGUGCUGUAUAUCACAAAAUCGGCAAUAUUUACUUCCGCAGGAGCAUUGAGGAUGCAAAAGCAUUGGAGGAAAAGAAACUUGUGGCAGGCAAGGCUCGGUUACAGAAGCUUGAUGCAGCAGAAUUAGUUAGUGGAGCAGACAACACUAAAAGUUACAGACGUUGCUUCAAAUUUGGUCGAGAUCAUACAAAGUGAAAGCUUCAAGUUCUAGACUCCUUUUUUGAGUUAUGAAGAUGAGAAAGAUAACAUUGACUAAAUAUAUGGUGGUUGACAACUUGUGUGCCUAUCUUUCUUAUUAUCCUCUUUUUUUUUUAAUUGUAUUGACUUUAUGUACAGAGAACUGAUGUUCUCUCAGUCUUCCGAUUACGUGUAUUUUAUUUUUAGACAGAAGUAAUAUAUUUCACCUCACUGUCA